GUCCCGGAAGCAGCGCGCGUGCGCCGCCGCGUGGGUCAGUGUACGCGGAACUCUAAGGGAACCUCUCCGUGGUCAGUUCGUACGCGAGGACGCACCAUGUUCCUCACCGCUGUCCUCCUCCGCGGCCGCAUUCCGGGCAGGCAGUGGAUCGGGAAGCACAGGCGGCCGCGGACCGUGUCUUUCCAAGCGAAGGAGAAUAUGAUCCGUCGCCUGGAGGUGGAGGCCGAGAACCACUACUGGCUGAGCAUGCCCUACAUGACAGCGGAGCAGUAGUACGGCCACGCCGCGGAGCGAAGGGCCCAGGCUUUUGAGGCCAUCAAGGCAGCAGCCACCUCCAAGUUCCCUAAGCAUAGAUACAUUGCAGACCAGCUAGACCAUCUCAACAUCUCGAAGAAAUGGUCCUAACCCAGAAUCGACACCCUUCAAGAUCAUGGAUAAUAGACUGCUCUGUCCUUAUUUGGUCCUGGAGCUGAGAAAAUGUAAUUUAUGUACCAGUGUGACCCCAUCGACCAGUAUCUUAUUAAAGCAAACCUGAUUAAUAGUUGUCUC